CAGAACCAUUUCUCAUGGCGGCAGUCUCGUUUCUACGACUUCCAUUUUCUUCGCGGGUCCUCUCGUAUCCGACCCGACUCAUUCGGGUCACACCGGCGUUAGUGCGAUUCUCUUCUUCCGCCGCAUUUCAUCCCCUCUCACUCUCACCGUCUUCUUCAGAUAACUCCGGCCAAUUUCUCGCCGAUAAAUGGGAAUCAUGUCGGAAGAAGAAGGUCGUCAUUCGGAUUGGCUACGUUGGUACCGAUUACAGAGGUUUGCAGAUUCAAAGAGACGACCCUGCUCUGAAAACUGUUGAGGGUGAAUUAGAGGUUGCUAUAUACAAGGCUGGUGGGAUUUUAGAGAGUAACUUUGGUGAUCUUCAUAAGAUUGGUUGGGCUAGAAGUAGUCGAACGGAUAAAGGAGUUCAUUCUCUGGCAACCACAAUUUCGCUGAAAAUGGAGAUCCCGGAGACGGCUUGGAAGGAUGAUCCUCACGGAACUCUUCUUGCGAAAUGCAUUAGCAAACAUCUUCCUGAGAAUAUCAGAGUUUUCAGCGUUUUACCGUCACAAAGGAGAUUCGAUCCUCGGAGGGAGUGUACACUUCGGAUGUAUUCUUACCUCCUUCCUGUUGAUGUCAUUGGUGUCAAGAACAGCUUUACUUCAGAUGAGACUGACAAUCACAUUUCGGAUUUCAACGAGAUUUUACAAGAAUUCGAGGGUGACUAUCCUUUUCAUAACUACACACAGCGGUCGAAGUACAGAAGGAAAGCACAACAAAAGAUAACUCAAAGAAACGGACGCCCUCCAAAGAAACCAAAAUCAAUCCAAGCAUCAGAACCGGAGUUUACUGAGGAAAACCACAGAGAAAAUGAAGAAGAAGUUGUUGAAGAAGAAGAAGCAGAGUGUGAGUCUAGUGAAGAUGUUCCUGCGAUUGGUACUUCUCAGGCGUACAUUCGUGCAAAAUGGCUUCACGAGCCAGACGAGACAGAUAAGCUGAGCGCAGCUCAUUUCAGAAAAGUGUUUCGAUGUCGUUGUGGAAAGCUGGAGACUUCACUUGGAUUCGGCUUUGUCGAGAUCUCCAUUUGGGGCGAAUCAUUCAUGUUGCAUCAGAUACGGAAGAUGAUUGGAACAGCCGUGGCGGUGAAGAGAGAGCUGCUUCCUAGAGACAUCAUUAGACUAUCUCUGAACAAGUUCACAAGAAUCGUCUUGCCUCUUGCUCCAUCAGAAGUACUGAUCUUGAGAGGAAACAGUUUCGAAGUGCGUAAAUCGCCAGGGAAAUUCCACAGGCCGGAGAUAAAAGCAAUGGGGGAAUCAGAAGAAGUUGAGAGAGAAGUGGAGGAGUUUUACAGAAGAGUGAUGGUUCCACAGGUGAGUAGGUUCUUGGAUUCAGAGAAGGCUCCAUGGAAAGAGUGGCUUGAGCAUUUGGAGAGGAACGAUGGUUUGAUCGAUGAGCAAUUGCAAGAUGUAAGAAGAGGUUGGGAGGAGUGGAGAGCGAAGCCACGGAUUAUGACGAGGAAGAGAGAAGAUGAUGAUAAAGAGUCUGGUGCUGUUUCAGUAGAUGUUUCUCAGGAGGCUAUGCAGUAGUCACCUCUAUGUCUAUGCAACUUUGACCAAAUUUGAUAUGCUUAUUGUUUGAUUCACAUUGAAUCUGAGUCAAAUCUAGAGUUUUCUUCACUUCACAUCGCUCAUGUUGAGUUUCUAGGCGGAUUUUAUUCAAUGACCAGAGC